AUUUUUAACAUAAUGUUUAAAAAUUGUUGAAUGGCCGUCACUAAAUUCCGAAUCUGUUUGAACAACUUACAAGUUAACAUAACUAUCUAAAAUUGACCGGCGGCGAGAUGGGGCUGGCGGAGCACGCUGCGACGCCGUAUUUGGGGAUGGUGCUUGCCUCAACGGCGCAAGUCGGCCUCAUUAUCAUCAGCAAAAGCGCUCUUGCUUCUGGAAUGACUAAUUACACCUUCGUCGCUUACUCCAAUGCCCUCGCCGCCCUAAUCCUUCUUCCUCUAUCUCUCCUCGUUCACAGGUCAUCAAAUCGGCCGCCGCUGACAUUCUUGAUUCUUUGUGGAUUUUUUUCCUUAGGUGUUCUUGGAUGUUUGGCUCAGCUGACUGGAUACACUGGAAUCAGUUACACUUCUGCUGAGUUCGCCUCAGCACUACUGAAUCUCAUACCUGGAUUCACCUUCGUGCUUGCUGUCGUAUUCAGGAUGGAAGUGCUAAACUGUAGGAAUUCGAGUUUUCUAGCAAAAACGUUGGGAACGGUCGUCUCCAUUUCUGGCGCCUUUGUUGUCACUCUGUACAAAGGCCCUGAGAUCCUAACUUAUCUAUCGUCUCCUAAGUUGCAUUACGAGUAUAUUGGUGUAGUAGCAGCACAGUCAAGCUGGAUUAUUGGAGGGUUAUUCCUUGCUGCAGACUGUGUCGUAUCUUCAGCCUACAUAAUUGUACAGGCCUCAAUUCUUAAGAAAUACCCUGCAGAGCUGAUUAUAGUAUUCUUUUACUGCUUCUUUGCUGCCAUUCUGUCGACAUCCGUGUCUCUUAUUACUGAUCGGGACCUUAGUGCUUGGUCGUUGCAGCCUAAUAUCCGACUGAUUGCUGUUCUGUAUUCGGGAGUAUUUGGUUCUGCAUUCCAAGUCAGUGUAGCUGCAUGGUGUCUGCACAAAAAGGGUCCUCUUUUCGUUGCAAUGUUUCAUCCGUUGGGAAUUGUGAUAUCUGCUGUGCUCGGUGUUAUCUUCUUGGGCGACAUACUGUAUCUGGGAAGUUUGUUGGGGUCAAUUAUCAUAGUUAUCGGGUUCUACUCGGUGAUGUGGGGGAAGGCAAAAGAUUUAAAGGUGAUUGACAACAACACAACAAAUAGUGAAAAGGCCCCUCUUCUGCCCAUUGAGAAUGAGCGGACGACGUCGAUAGACGGAUCAUGAUGCCAUUCACUUACUAAUAUAAGGAGAGUUGAACAACCCAAAGCUGGAGAAGUCGAUGUACAUGUUCGAUAACCAUCUUUCCUUUCACAUGCAUGCCUCCUCAUCAUAUAGUAAAUGAUUUUCUCUUGUACAAUGUCAAAUCUCUCUUUCUUCGUUGAAUAUUCGUUGACGUUCGCACAUCUUGUUCUACACUGUAUGAGUAUUUUUGGUGAAUAUUUGGCUGCAGGUGAGAUAUUGUCUAAACAUGGAAACUUGGUCUUCAAACUCUUUGUUUUGAUUGGGAUCCAAAUCUUGUAUAUAUUAUUGUUAAAA